UUGAUAGACGUAAAUGUGUCUUUAUUUCUUAACAGGUCAUGAAGUUCAUCAGGUGAUGGGUCUUUGUGAACAGAAUGACAAUAAACUUGGACAAAUAAUAAGCAAAACUGCUUAUAGAGGCUCAACAUUUAAUGAGCUGCUUUUUUUUGAUGGAAAAUUCACAUACCAGGUAUUUUCAAAUUACACGCAACCAGAAAUAAAACCCGAUCUUGAACUGUCCAAGCUACGUCUUGGGAAGUUGUAUUACCCAGCCUGCAUAAAAACGCUGAAGAAUUACCUUAAAAAGAGACAAACUCAACUAAACAGAAAAGUGAAACCACAAGUCAGACUCAUCCAGAAAGAAAACACAGAUUCCGAAGGGUCUCGUGUGAGUUGUUUGGCAACAGGAUUUUACCCUCGUCACAUCAACCUGACCCUGUUCAGAGACGGGCAGCCUGUAGCUGAUCAUGAGAUCACUGGAGGAGAUCUGCUGCCCAAUGAUGACGGGACGUACCAGAUGAGGAAGAGUCUGGAGAUCAGUGCUGCAGACAAACACAAAUACACCUGCUCUGUCACACACCUCAGUCUGGACAACAAACUGGACGUCGCUUUGGAAUCCGAUCCUGGUGAACCGUUUAAAUCAGCGAUUCUCUCAGUGCUGAUAGUUUUGGCUCUGGUGUUGGUGUUCGGCACUGGAGCCAUCAUAUAUAAAUGCAGGAGGAGACGAGCAGAUUCAUUCAGAUGUGGUUAUUCUGCUGCUUCUACAUCAAGAACAAGUUGAAACAACAACAUAAUCAAAUAAAUAUCAUGAAGCUACAUGGAUUGACAUCAAACAAUGCUGUGUUAAAUAUUAAAUGGUUAGUACACAGACCAUAACAGUGUUAUUACACUUGUUCACGGGGUGUAGCCAUCUGUGACAAAGUGACCUGUCCCUGUCGGUUAGCGCAGCACAUACACACUGCAUCUUACCUCACUC